GAGCAGAUCCGGUCUCACUGCUGACUUGCUGAGUAGAACUAAAACCCUGGAAAAACCCUAUUUUUCGUCUGCAUAGUUUCACUUCCAGCGUCCGGGACUGUCGCUAGCAACAAUGCAGAGGGCAAGGGGAAUACUAGCAUCUCUCAGGCUGGUGAAGUCUCUGCGACCUUCCAUAACUCGGCCUAUUCACUUUCAGGUAACUAGGUACUCAUACCUCUUUCCAUGUUUCUCCCCCUCUCUGUCGACACCAUCUUUUGUUUCUGCUUUUCUUUAUGGUCACCAAAACCUAUACUUCUCCUCAAAACCAAGCUCAUUUGUGGAACUCAUUCUGGCAAACGAGUGGUCUGAAGAGAUAGAAAAGGAAUUGGAAGGCUCUAAUCUAACGCCAACCCACGAAACUGUUCUCUACAUUUUAAAGAAACUUGACAAGGAGCCUGAGAAGGCCUGGUGUUUCUUUAAUUGGGUUUCUGUUAGGUGUGGGUUUAAGCCCAGUGCUUCGAUGUACAGCCUACUGCUUAGAAUUUUCGGUCAAAAGGCAUCGAUGAAGGAAUUCUGGCUCAUCAUCAAGAAAAUGAGGGACGAGGGGUUCGAUAUUGACAAGGAGACAUACCUAACGAUUUUGGGAACAUUUAACAAGGAGAAGAUGGCAAGUGAGGCCGCUGCCCUGACCCAGUUAUUUUCUCAGAUUGUUCAAGAGAGUGCUACUGAUUCCGUUGUGAAGCUUGUGCUUGAGAUCGUCCUAGCGUCGGAUUGGAGCGAUGGGAUUGAAAAGAAAUUGGGGGAGCUGAAGCUCUCUUUGUCAGAGAACACCGUAUUAAGGGUCUUGAAGGAACUUCGGGGGCAGCCUUUGAAAGCUUUGAAGUUUUUCGAUUGGGCUGGGAAGCAGCAGGAUUUGGACUAUAAACAUAACGCUGUGACUUAUAAUGCCAUUAUCAGGGUUCUUGGACGGGAAGAAUCAAUUGAGGAGUUCUGGAAAAUGAUUAAGGUAUUGAGGACUGCUGGUCAUGACGUAGAUCUUGACUCGUAUAUAAAGCUCUCGAGACAGUUUCAAAAGAGCAAGAUGAUGAAGGAUGCAGUGGAGCUCUAUGAGCUCAUGAUGGACGGCCCAUAUAAACCCUCAAUUCAAGAUUGUAGUGUACUUUUAAGGCAAAUCUCGUUGACUGCCAAACCAGAUUUGGAUUUGGUCUUUAGAGUUGUGAAAAAGUAUGAGGCAACUGGCCAUUCUCUGUCUAAGUCUGUUUAUGAUGGGAUACAUAGGUCUUUGACUAGUGUUGGUAGAUUUGAUGAAGCAGAAAGGAUUUUGGAAUCUAUGAAAGUUGCAGGUUAUGAACCUGAUAAUAUCACUUAUAGUCAAGUGGUAUUUGGACUUUGUAAAGCUAGGAGGCUGGAGGAAGCCUGUAAGGUGCUGGAUGAGAUGGAAAAAAAGGGAUGUGUCCCUGACCUUAAGACAUGGACCAUUUUAAUUCAAGGACAUUGCACAGCUGGUGAAGUUGAUAAGGCUUUAGCUUGUUUUGCUAAGAUGAUAGGAAAAAGCUGUGAUGCUGAUGCUGAUCUCUUGGAAAUAAUGGUAAAUGGGAUGUGUAGUAAGAAGAAGGUAGUUGGCGCAUACACAUUGGCGGUUGAGAUGGUAGAAAAGGCUCGUUUGAGACCUUGGCAAGCCACAUACAAGAAUUUGAUUCAAAGGCUACUAGGAGAAGGGAAACUUGAAGAAGCGUUGAACCUUCUUGUUUUAAUGAAAAAACACAACUUUCCACCAUUCCCAGAACCUUUUAUUGACUAUAUAUCAAAAUUUGGGACAGUGGAAGAUGCUAAAGAAUUCUUGAAGGCACUGAGUAUAAAGAAGUACCCAUCUUCUUCAGCUUAUCUUCAUGUCUUCCGAUCUUUCUUCAGGGAAGGGAGGCAUUCAGAGGCUCAAGACUUGCUUUAUAUGUGUCCCCAUCAUAUUCGAAACCAUGCUGAUAUCCUGAAUCUUUUUGGUUCUACAAAACGUUGCAGUGGUACUGCUUAGCUUCAAAGCAACUAGUGUGUCAUUUCUGAACAUUCUAGUUUCAUUUUGAGAUCAGAAGAUUGAAAUUUUGGUUUAAGAUUCUUGGCUUAGAGAAUUUUGUUGUAUGAAUGAACUCAAGUCAGUUACCAUUUGGGGCAAUUAUAGUCUUUUGCCUACAUUAUAUGUAAAUGUCCUAUUGUUUUCUUUGCCUUUUUUCUUUUUCCUUUUUCGUUGUACAAGUUUAAUUGGAAUUAGUAUGAAUUCAAUCUGGUUGAUUAUGACA